AUGACGAAUCGUAAAGCCCUGCCUCCGUCAUCUCCAUUGUUUUCAUCACUUCCAGAUGAAGUCAUUGUGGAUUGCUUAGCACGGGUCUCGAAAUCUGACUACCGUUCCAUCUGUUUAGUCUCCAAGAGCUUCUACUCUCUUCUCUCUUCUCAGGAGAUUUAUGCGGCCCGAUCCCACAUCGGAACCACAGAGCCUCGUCUCUACGUGUGCCUGUACUUACACAACAAGCAUCGCUGGUUCACUCUCGCCGAGAUUAAGAAUAAAGUGGGUUUAGUACCGGUAAGGCUCUCUUCCUCCGAUCCUCCCGCUCUAUUAAACUCAACCACUGUAGCUGUUGGUUCCGAAAUCUACAAAAUCGGCGGAACUGUCAACGGCAAGGGAUCCAGAGCCGUUUUUGUACUUGAUUGUAAGACUCACACGUGGCGUUGUGCACCUAAGAUGAGAGUGUCAAGGGUAGGCGCCAAGUCUUGUUUCUUAGACGGGAAGAUAUAUGUAAUUGGAGGAUGCAUGAAGAAAGAGGAAAAAUUCAAGAAAUGGGGUGAGGUUUUCGACAUAAAGACUCAGACUUGGAAGCCAUUGCGUAGGCCUAGUGAUGAUGCCCUCGGUUCGAAUCUCAAAGUUGCAGUUUUUGGAGAAAGGCUAUACGUUAUCACCAAGUAUAACAGCUAUGCAUAUGAUCCGGAAAAAGGAAGAUGGCUAUCAGAGGUGGGGUUUGAGGAUCUACAACCUAUAAUUGGAACUCAAUCCGGUGGCAUAGAAAAAGUUAUGGAAGAUAUAACGACAGGACCUUGGUGCGUUGUAGGAAAUGUAAUGUUUAGUGUUGUUAACCGUAAGUACAAGUGGUUUUGCUCAAGGAGUGGAAAGUGGUUAGUAGUGGAAGGUUUGGAUGGUCUAUGUGAAAAGCGUGGUUUAGAAUACCGUUGUUACUGUACGAUUCAGUUAGUCAACUAUGGUGGGAAACUGUUAAUUAUAUGGCAGAAACCGGCGCUUUCGCUUCCCAUUGAGUAUAAUAUUUGGUGUGCGGUGAUUAGGUUGGAGGAGCGUAUGUCUCCUCAAUUUGGACCUCAGAUCUUGGGGGAGGUUGAGCGCCAAAGUGUUAUUGUGGCCAGAGGCCCCAUGUCUUAUAAGCUCUCAAACUGCCAAUGUGUGUCGGUCUGA